ACUGCGACGCACCUCGACAGUCUCAUAACCACGUCCCCGACCUCGAGCAAGCACACUACCCCCAAGCCAGUCUCCGGCCAUGGACUCGGAGUCGUCGACGUCGGCCUACUCGCCCCCGACCCUGCGCCACAAGCUGAGGACCACCGUGUGCGGCUGCUUCGGCUCGCCCGGCAACGACGGCGGCAGGGCCAAGUGGAGGAGACGGGUGGCCGCCACGGGCGAGUUCAGGUACGACCCGCUCAGCUACGCGCUCAACUUCGACGACGGCGGCAGCGACGACAGCGACGAGGGCGCCGAUGCCGCAGCGGCCGCGUUCCGGUACCGGGACUUCAGCUCCCGCCUGCCGCCCUCGCCGAAGCCGGCAGCCGCCCGCAGGCUCACCGCCGUCGCCAUUGCCUGAACUCUGUUAUUUUUUCCUGUAACUCUGAUUUGAUUUUCUUCUCUAAGCGAGACUGAAGCCCUUACUUACAUCUGUAACUCUAAGCAGGAAUUACUUUAUCUUCGAGCAACAUUGUAGCGAGAGGAGUAUAGCAGUAGUACCAAACCGAAAUGGUUCCCCGUGUAAUCGACCACUAAUAUACAGUGAACUGAGGACUUGAUUGUCACAGAAA